GGUUAAUCAAACGAAUUUGGAAAUAAAACAAGUGAUUCUUCGAGGUGAAGUUGCGCUUCUUCUUGAAAAGAAAGAAAGCGAAAGUGUGAGUCCUCAUCAAAAGGAAGUAAGUGAAGAAGUGAAUCCUCAUAAAAAGCAAGGAAGUGAAGAAAGUGAAGAAAGUAUAAAAACUUUAACUAAAUAG